AUGAGCAAUAGCAACAAUAAUAGCGGUGGCUCUUCUCCAUUUCUAGAGACACCCGUCUCUCCUGUUAGGAAUAAAGUGCAUAUAGAGCAAGAACCCUCGAAGAUACCUAGAAUUCCCUUAGGAUUGAAGGAGAAUAAUGAGAAAGAUCAUAAAAUUUUAGCUCUACAAUACCAAUUGAAUAGUCUUCAGAAUGAAUAUGAGAUCGAGAAGUUACAAAUGCAAAGACAAUUGAAUUCUGUUGACAAAGAGUAUCGAAAUACAAUUGAUGAAUUAGAGAAAUCUUUGAAUGAUGUGAAGUUUCUUCAUGAAACUAACGAUUCUUUACAUGAUGAAGUGACUAACUUGAGGAAAAGUUUGGAUACGGUCAAAAAAGAACAACAAAAUCGAAUCGAUGAAUUGGAAUCUGAAGUGAAUUUGAAGCAUAAUGAAGUGGAAAAAUUGAAAAUAGAUUUCGAAAACGAAAUAUCUAAGAUAUCUCAUGAGUUGGAAAAUGUAAAUAUGGAGAACGCUAAUAAUAAAACAAUGUUACAACGUUAUGAAGAAGAAUUGGCUCGUCAAUCUCAAGAAAUUAAAGAGUUGAAUAAAUUAAAUAGCGAAAAAGAUGACGAAAUUUCUGACUUAAAGACGAAAAAUAUGAUGAAACCUCAACAACUUGAUAGUACAGAAGAUUUUACUACGAUUAAUAACAUGUUUCAAGAUCAAGUGAAAUUUUGCAAACAAUUAGAAGAGGCUAAUAUAAAACAGGCAAAUGAGUUGAAACAACUAAGAAACUUUCAAAAUUCUAACGAUUUUUAUAAAUUAGAAAAUAAAAAGUUACAAGGUGAAAUUACAACUUUGAAAGAUUCUCUAGCUUCAUUUAAAACAAUGGAAUUGGAUUUUGUUCAACUACAGUCAAAACUAGCAUCUUGGGAAUUUUUCGACGAUGAUGGCGAAAUAAAUGAAAGUCUUAAAAUCAAAGAACCUAAAGAUAUUAUUCGUGACUGGAAAUUUCAAAAGAUGGCUUGCACAAGACUAUCUGAUGAGAAGAGAGCGUUGGAUACGAGUUAUAAAGACUUGCAGAAACUGAAUGAAGAAUUAGCACUAGAAAGAAAUCAGCUUUUGGAUUUGAAUAGAAAUUACGAAAAUAAUUUAAUUAAUCUUAAAAAAUUGAAUUAUGAAUUAGAACAACAAAGAAUUUUAUCAUUUGAAGAAUGUAAAUUGUUAAGAAAAGAGCUUGAUGAUUUAGAUACGUUCAAUAAAGACAACAAUAUUGAUGCAGCGGUAAAUACUGAUAAUAUUAAACAAUUCGAAGUGCUCGUUGAUGAUUACAAAAAUAAGACAGAAGAUUUAACCAAUGAAUUAAGGAAGAUACAUGAAGAGCAAACAAAAGAACAGAAACAACAAUUACAAAAUAGUAAAAAGAGGAAAACAAAUGAUACGAAUGGAAUGACAUAUUACUCUCAAAGAAUAAAUGAACUUCAAAUUGAAAUUGGCUCCUUAUCAAGAAGUAUUGAAAGCAAAGACAACACAAUUACAGUAUUAGAAAAUAAAAUAAGAAAACUAACUGCCUUGAAAGAGAAGAAAAUUAGAAUUUUACAACUACGUGAUAGUCCACUUUUGAAGGAUCAAUUCAUCAAAAAGAAAGAACUUGAAUUAUUGAGAGCUGAAAACAGAAGUCUGCUGAAGAAACUAAUGCCUGAUGGUGCUGACACGGAGAAUUUAGAACAAGUCCCGAUUUCUGUUUACAAUAAUCUGAACUUCGAAAUAAACCAACGUGAGGAAGAAAUUUUCAAAUGUAACAAAAAGUUGUUAAGGUUAAAGGAAGUUUUCAACAAGAAAUCUUUAGAAUUCAUUGAUGUUGUAAAUUCCUUAUUAGGAUUCAAAAUCGAAUUUCUGCAAGAUAACAAAGUAAAAAUAUAUUCAUGUUUCAAACCUACCCAUUAUUUGAUGGUAGAUCUAGUGGCAAAUACGUUGAGAUCUAAUUUGGACGAUCCUGACAUUAUUGGAGAUUGGGAUGAUCUACUACGCCUAUGGAUCGGUGAACGUGAGCAAAUUCCAUGUCUCCUAGCUACGAUAACACUGCGACUUUGGGAGCUAUCCUCAUCGUCUGAAAAGAAAAGCUAA